AUGACACCAAUAUUUUUUAAUAUUGUUAGAUUUUAUAAUGUUAUUUUACAAAAAUCAACUAAUAUUAUUACUAUUUUAAUAACUUUUAUUGUUUGUUUUGGUGCACUUUUAUAUUUAACUAUACCACAAUUAUUAGAAAUUAAUGUUUAUUAUAUUCCUAAAACUGGAUGUCCAUUUGAAAUUUAUUCAAAUAUACCAUAUUUUGCUGAAGUACAAAUUUUUAAUUUUUUUUUACUUGUUUUUAUACCAAUAGUUGGAUUUGUUUUAAAUUAUAUCAUUUACAAAUUAGUUGUAUAUAGAAAAAAUAAAAUAACAGCAAGAGAAAAUCAAACUGAAAAUAGAAAUUUGUUUAGAAGUAUUGCAAUUCAAUCAUUAUAUCCUUUUGGUUGCCAAUUUCCUGGAAUUUGUCUAAUUAUUUAUCAACUAGUCACUUACAAAUCAAAUUAUCUUAUUGAUGUUAUUAUCAUAUUUAUUUAUCAUUUUGGGCAGGCAUUUUGUAUUUUAUUGUCUCUUUUUGUUAUCAGAGAAUUUAGAAUCGUGAUAUAUAAAGAUUUUAGAAUUCCUGUUUUAGGAGAAACAACACAAAUUUUUAAUGCUAAAAAAGCAACAACAACAAGAACUAUUGCAAUUAAUAAUAUAUAA